AUGCAACAAUAUCUUGUUGUCGUGGAUGUGCCUGAACAUCCUCAUCAAUUACAAAACAGAACGAUGCCAUAUGUUAUGAAGAAAGCAAGACACACAAAAAUCUUUCUAUUAUCACUGAUCUUAUCCUAUCGGAACCAUAUCAACAAAAACAAUCAGGACGAUUCAACAGAUUACAACACCAAUAAAACAGCUAGAAUCAGUCCAAUUGUUCAUUAUUGGCGUGCGUCAUAUUGGUAUAAUACUGGUUCAAUUGCGCAACAGAUCAAUCAAUCUGUUCAAAUGCAUUAUAAUUUAUCGACUAUGUAUAAAAUUUUCGAAGUCAAUAUCGAAAUGGCAACGGAACAGUUAGGUGUAUUUGUGACAAGUAGUUCUUUAACUAGAACCUAUAGUUCAACAAUUAUAAUCAGGCCAACAACAACGAUAACAAAAUUCUUGUAA